AUGGGCAUUUUCAAGAAAAAAGACUCCAAGUCUUCUUCAAAUAAUGAUGCUGCAACAUCUAAGUCGCUGUUGAAGGCUGCCGUCACCGUCGAACGCAUAAACACUUAUUCACACAAAUCACCGAAGCUCGUAUCUGACAAGUUUGCCGCCCCAGCCAUGUCCGCCUCCGUUGCUGACAUCUCAAUUCCUGACCCUCCUGAUCCAAACACAAAACCGGCGGCUUACCUUCGGAGUAUCCAUGCCGUUAGACAAAGGACCAGAAUAGUCCUCGAAGAGGCCAAAGUCAACGCUCUCAACCAUUUUGAUGUCGACUUGACCAAAUUUCAGGACACUGCUGAUUAUGUUGUUUCCAUCAUCAAGCGCGAUUUUGCGGGAGAAUACUCUGCCAUCCCCCCACAUGGUCGAUGGCAACAUUUCGAAGUUGGAGGCCGGCCUCGUGUGACCCAGCUACUGCAAUCGUGGCCCAGCACGAUAGAUAACCAGGAAAGAACCCGCCGACUGAUCGAUCUUUUCCUCGUUUCAGUCUUGCUCGAUGCAGGUGCUGGCACUAAAUGGUCCUACAAAUCCAAAGAAUCUGCAAAGGUCUACUCCCGAAGUGAAGGUUUGGCUGUCGCAAGUCUAGAAAUGUUCAAAGCUGGAGCGUUCAGCAGCGAUGCUAGUCGCCCCCACCAAGUUGAUGCGGCCGGCCUCCACAAGUUGACUGUCGAUACUUUAGCCAGAGGAAUGCAAGUUUCCGAUUCCAAUCCCAUGUCUGGACUAGAUGGUCGUGCAGGUCUUUUGAUACGGCUUGGUAAGGCUCUUCAAAACGCCGAGAUUUUUGGUGUCGAGGGGAGACCUGGAAACAUGAUUGGCAUAGAUUAUCUGAUAUCACAUCCAACAACACAGGCCUCAUCAGUCCCUGUCAUUCUCCUACCAACUCUAUGGAGCGUUCUGAUGGAUGGGCUGUCAGGUAUAUGGCCGGCGACCAGGACCAAUAUUCAAGGAACGCCUUUGGGUGAUGCGUGGCGAUGCCAAGCAAUGCCUAAAUCACCACCAGCACACCCGUGGGAGACCAUUGUCCCAUUCCAUAAGCUCACUCAAUGGCUCUGCUACUCUCUGAUGGUUCCGAUGACCAAACUGCUCAAUGUCCAUUUUGCUGGAGCUGAGUUGAUGACAGGUCUACCAGAAUAUCGCAACGGUGGCCUCCUGGUUGACACCGGGCUCCUCACUUUGAAAGAGGCUGAUAGAAAACGAGGAUUGAAAAUUUAUCAUGAGACGGUCGCAGAGGGCAAAGCCGUGGAGGUCGUGCCUACCUUUGAGCCAUCUGAUGACGUAAUUGUUGAGUGGAGGGCUGUUACAGUUGGUUUCCUCGACGAACUUCUGGCUGCUGUCAACAAAGGCCUUGGACUAGAAGGGCAUGACCAGCUAAGUUUGGCCCAAAUGCUUGAAGCUGGAACUUGGAAGGGUGGACGUGAGCUCGCCCAGGUAUCAAGGCCUAUAACCAAGGGGCCUCCGAUCGGUAUUAUUUCUGAUGGAACCGUUUUCUAA